AUGGUAGGCAGGUACACCGUCAUAUGCGGUGUUGUCCUGGCGCUGAUAUGCGCGGUUGUGCCAUGGUUUGUUAGUGGCACUGGCAGAGCGUGGUACAACGUGCAGCACGGGCUGGCUUCCGGCGGCUUCGGUACUGCUCGAAGCGCUCGGUCCUCUCGGCACAACGCGCUGGCCUUCCUCCCCCGUUCGCCGAAGCAGCCGGAGAGGAAAUACGCAUACGAGAACACGUCGUACAAGCAGCGAAAUGUCCGCCGAAAUAUAUACGAGGUAGACGCCCCCGCGUCGAAGGAACACGCUAUCGCCUUUUUCUCGCAUGUGUUACAGGCCACGGCUAACCCGGCGUUCGCUCCCGUUGAGGCACCCGUAGGAAGCUUUCUGACCCUUACAAAGCAGGUGUCAACGCUCGGCCCAGCCACCAGCGAUGCGGCUUCGCUGAAAUCGCUCAUUGACGCAGGCACCGACAUCUUCAGACUGAACUUUGCCCACGGCACUCGCACUUCCAAGCUGAAGAAUGCCAGGAUCGUGAGGCAAUUGGAGCUUACAGACGCGCCUGACGGGGUAAAAUCGUCAGGCAGCUUUCUGUUUCGCGCCAGGGCCCUGUUAGGUGACAUUCAAGGGCCGAAGCUGCGCAUCGGCAGGUUCAUGCCCAAUGUGGACGCCAAGGGGGUCGGGCUCAAAAGCGCCGAAGCCGAGUUCGUCACUCUAAAAAAAGGCGACUUGUUCUCUUUCGACACCGCGGACGUCAAGGGCGGCCGAACCCGCGUUCAGUUUAACUUCCCCGACAUUCUCCGACAGCUGGAGGUGGGGAACGUUAUCUCGCUGGACGACGGCAACAUCUCCAUGCGCGUGGUAGACGUGAACAAACAAGAGCCUUCAGUGCAAACUGAGGUGCUGAAUGAUGGCGUGUUAUCGAGCCGGAAAGGUUUCGCGGUGCCGAACGUGGUUCUACCAGUUGACCUUUUCAGCGCCAAGGACGUCAAGGAUGCCGUGUUCUGCUAUACGGCUGGGCUCGACUUCCUCGGAGUUAGCUUCGUCCAGAGAAUGCAGGACAUACUGUACCUGAAAAACAUAUUGCUCGAUUUCGCGGAGAGUCCAUUUUUCCAGGCACUGCGCGAACGCAUGGACACGCUGGAUGCCAACACACUCAACACUGACGAGGAGGACCCGGAGCUAGAAGCGAUUCUGGAGCAAUACUACACGGAGCGGUUCCUGCCGAACAAGCAGUCCCUGUUGACCAAGGUGCCCAAGCAGGAGGACGCGGGUAUAGGCAUCAUUCCCAAGAUCGAGAAGCAGCCUGCGCUGGACGACAUCAACGGCAUUUUGGAGGUCUCAGAUGGUCUCAUGAUAGCCCGUGGUGACCUGGGUGUCGAAACUGAAAUCACCAACCUGCCCAUCAUCCAGAAGCGGCUGGUCCAACUUUGCCGCCUCGUAUAUCGCAAACCUGUUAUCGUCGCCACGCAGAUGCUGGAAAGUAUGCGCACCAACCCCAAGCCCACCCGCGCCGAAACUACGGAUUGCGCCAACGCCGUUUACGACGGUGCGGACGCAGUCAUGCUGUCUGCGGAGUCAGCAACAGGGCAGUACCCAGCGCACACGGUGGAGGUUCAGCGCAGGAUUCUGUACAACACGGAACGGGAUCCAUACUUCAGCACUUUACAGGUCACGAGGGAGAUGUUGCUGCACGACCAGAUGCUGACCAACCUGAAGGGCGUUCGUGCUAAGGAUGCGGAGAGCGCCGACUCGCUUCUACAGCUGGACCUGAAGUUCGCCAAGGAUUGGAACACUAGGCACGGCGAUGUCUUGGCAGCUUGCGAGCAAGUGUCAAACGCUAUUCUUACCGAAGGUGUGGAUGCGUUAUUCGUGCACGCCGAGGACCGUGGCGAGCUUGUGCAGUGGGUGGCCACCAAGCGCUACACCAUUCCUAUUAUUCUGUUAACCCGCAACGUGGAGCUUGCUCGUCGCCUGCAGCUGACGUGGAGUGUCAAGGCACACCUGUUGCCCAGCGGCGCCAACCCCUUCACGUUCGCUCAAGAGCUAUCACCCAGCUACGUCCAACCUAAGCGAAAAGUGCUAAUGGUUGAAACGCACGACAAUGCAGUUGACACUAGUAUUGUGUUCGAAGUUCAAUAA